AUGAAGAUCCUCUUCGGGCUGAUGGGCCUCAAGGCGGCCGAGCUGCACGGCAACCUGACGCAGCUGCAGCGUCUCGAGGCGCUGGAGCACUUCCGCGACGAGCAGGUGGACUUCCUCCUGGCCACCGACGUGGCCUCCCGUGGUUUGGACAUUUCCGGCAUCCAGACCGUCAUCAACUACUCGAUGCCGGCCUGCUUCAAGACCUACCUCCAUCGUGUCGGCCGUACCGCGCGUGCCGGGCAGAAUGGCUGCUCCGUCACCCUGGUGGCGGAUGCCGAGCGGAAGAACCUGCGCAAGGCCAUUCGCCAUGCGGCGGACGCCGUGCGCCGGCGCAACGUCCCCCCGGAGAUGGUGGCCAAGUAUGGCGCCCUGCUGGCCGAGCAUGAGGACCGGGUGAAGGCCAUCCUCGAGGAGGAGAAGCAGGAGAAGCUCCUGGCCACGGCCGAGAUGGAGCUCACCCGCGGUGACAACCUCCUCAAGCACCGCGACGAGAUCCUCUCCCGCCCGGCCAAGACCUGGUUCCAGUCCAAGAGCGAGAAGGCCGCCGCCAAGCGCACCGACGCCGAGGCCGCCCAGCAGAAGGUCGCCACCAAGCCCCGCUCCAAGACCGACGGCCUGUCGCGCGCGAAGAAGCGCAAGAUCAUGUACACCCAGCCGGCCACCAAGGACGAGGUGGCCGCCGCCCGUGCCGCCGCCCGGUCCUUCAAGAAGCAGAAGCGCCCGCAGAAGCUGCUCAAGCUCUCCGACGAUUCCGGCUCUCGCCGGCCGGCCGCCGGCUCCAAGAAGAAGGGCUCUCGGGGCAAGGCGGACUUCAGCCAGGACCUGGCUGACGCCCGGAAGACGCCCCGGGCCGCAGACCCCGCCCCGGCCGCCCCGCCCCCCUGGACUCCGGGCACAAACAACAACAACAACAACAGGACGCCACACACCGCCCCCGGGCCGGGGAAGGCGGGCGAGAAAAAGUCGCCCUCCCCCGGGGGCGGCUGA